GCGAGUUGCUGCAAUCACAGACGUGCAUCAAUUGCAAACGCGAGGAAGACAAUAAACUAGUACACGAAUGAAUACAGAAACGAGAAGAAACCAUAAUACCGAAGACAUGUUAUAGAUAGACAUUAUACAGUUACCGGCGAGACCUCACGAAUUAUUCUAUAUCAUAUAUAGCUUGCAAAAUUAGGCAGGUUCCUCUGGUGGUUCGCGAGGUGCUGAAUUCCGUUUUCCGUUAGGAGGACGUGUCGGAGCCGCACAUUGAUGAAGGCCAGCCUUUUGAAAAAUGAGUCACAAGAGUGACAAAUCCUCACUUUCUCAACCGUUGCGAGUGGAAACAGAAGAAAAUGUUCAUCCUGAAGGGAACAAUUACUUUGAUGAGGAUACUCCACACAGUAAUGACAAUGAAGACACAGAAUCUUUGGGCCCACUGCCCCCCAAAUGGGAGAAAGCUUACACUGAAAGUGGUGAAGUUUACUUUAUCGAUCAUGCCAGUGGCACAUCACAUUGGUUAGACCCCAGAUUAUCAAAGUUCCAGAAGAAAUCAUUGGAAGACUGUAUGGAUGAUGAACUUCCAUACGGUUGGGAGAAGAUUAGUGAUCCCAAUUAUGGUACAUACUUCAUUGAUCAUGUAAAUAGGAGAACUCAGUAUGAGAACCCUGUCAUUGAAGCAAAAAGGGCUGCAUCCCAGGCCUCAGCUCGUGUUAGCCGUGCUUCUUUCACUAAAGACCCUUCAGAGCUUUGUGGGCAGCGCUUUCGUACCUCCCUAGUUAAAUCCUCUCGAGGUUUAGGUUUCACAAUUGUUGGUGGGGAUGAUGGCAUAGAUGAGUUCUUGCAAAUUAAAUCUGUUGUGCCUAAAGGUCCAGCAUGGCUUGAUGGCAAAUUGCAGACAGGUGAUGUAAUUGUUUUUGUUAAUGACACCUGUGUGUUGGGCUACACUCACAACCAAAUUGUGCGAUUGUUUCAAUCGAUAAGCGUAGGGUCCACAGUAACGUUAGAAUUGUGCAGAGGUUAUCCUUUGCCCUUUGAUCCAAAUGACCCCAAUACUGAGGUGGUAACAACCAUUGCAGUUGAUUUACGAUUGCAAACUGUUCCAAAUGAGAAAAGACUUGCUAAUCUAGAUACAAAUUACAACUUUCUUGAUGGUGAUGACAUUUCUAGAGAUGAAGGUAGUGCAAUUGACAAUAACGACGAUAUAGAAGAUAUUCUUAAGGGCAUAAAUCUGAGCGUCACCAAGGUUGAAGUUAGUGUCAAAAUUGUCAAGGGAAAUCUGGGGUUCGGAUUUACAAUAGCGGAUAGCGCGUGCGGGCAAAGGGUUAAGAAAAUCCUGGAUAGACAAAGGUGUAAGAAUUUAAUGGAAGGUGAUAUUCUACUGGAGAUUAAUGAAAUACCACUCCAAAAUAUGUCACAUGACGAUGUUGUUCAGGUGUUAAAGAAUUGCCCUUACAACAAUGAAGCAACAAUCUGCGUUCAGAGGGGUUGCAACAGUAAACCAUUGAUAGCUAGAAACAAACCAAGAAAGCUGGACAAUAGAUUUAACUCUAAGGAUAUGGCGAAUGCGUUUCGCAGCAAAACGCCCACUGCUGACAUAUACAGCACCCAGCCGAGAGAAGUAUUACCAAGCAGACCAAAAACUCCAAUAGUAGACACUCGAAAUAUUUCGAAAGCGCCUAUAAAAGACAUGAACUCAAAUAGCCAUGAGAUGUUGCGAGGCGAUUUCAACAAUGACUCCACGGAACGUUCGCACCUCCGAUUGUCUUUGAUAGAUUCCCAAGACGUAGACGAUGAGAUAGAGAUCAAUGAUAUUGUCCAGAACAAAACCCCGCUCGAGUAUACCCAAAAUGACGGUAAAUACGGCCUAUACAUGCACAUACCACACAGGUACGACUGCAUGUGCUUCAAUUGCCAGAAUCAAAGACCAAACGUCAACGAAAGUAACAGCACCUACGAGAACAGAAAGACCAAUAUGCAGGAAUGGUGGCAAUCACAACAAAACAACGAUUAUCUAGAAAUGAAUAUUACUUUGCAUAGACAGGAAACUGGCUUUGGUUUUAGAAUUGUCGGUGGCAUAGAGGAUAGGUCUCAGGUGGCUGUUGGACAUAUAGUCGCUGGAGGCGCUGCGGAUUUGGAUGGAAGGAUCCGUUCUGGUGAUGAAAUCGUCAGCGUGGACAACUUUUCUGUGCUGAAAGCUUCGCAUCGUCAGGUGGUGCAUUUCAUGAAUCAGGCAGCUACACGCGGACAAGUUAAUUUGGUUUUAAGACGUCGCAAUUACCCUCCGAUGAUUCUGCCCUUCUCUCAAAGUUAUCCAAUAGACCACAUGCCACCUCAACCUCCUAUCGCCAGUCCCAAUAGUCAAACCUACGACGUUAUUGUCCAUCGUACGGAGAACGAAGGAUUUGGGUUCGUCAUAAUUUCAUCUGUCAACAAGAUUGGUUCGACUAUAGGACGACUGAUAGAGGAUAGUCCAGCCGAGAAGUGUGGACGAUUGCGGGUUGGUGACUACAUCGUGGCAGUUAAUCAUAUCGACAUAAUGCACCUGAGUCACGGCGAUAUCGUUAAUCUGAUAAAAGACUCCGGCCUCUCGGUAACACUGACCAUUGCCCCAAAUUCCGAAUAAGUAUUUGAUUUCAUCGUU